UGUUUAUUUAUGACAUAUCUUAAGAACCUCUAGGAUUUUGGUGAGAAAUAUUUACAUGAUUUUUAUACCUACAUAUUGGAUAUUAUGGUGGCAAAUCAAAACCAUCCGUUUGUUUUAUGGGGAGCUUGUUUUUUGUGGUUCAUAUCGAUGUUGUGUAUAAUUUGGUCUCUACUUUUAUUCUUCUUUGUGGGCAAUAUUCUUGUGCAGACAGGAACGGAUUUGGUUAACGCGUUUGUAUUGCUGUCAGGAAUAAUAACUUUACCCACCAAUGUGCACAUUUUAUAUUCUAUAGCAUACGGUAUCCGAGUCGAGCUUAAAAGUAAAGUAAUGUGUUGUCCAUUAUGGUUUUGUAUAAUAUGGAUAAUUGUCAUCAACGCCGUUGGCAUUGUCUUGUGUAUAAAAGUAAUACAUUCGUGCGAAGAGAAUACGGUAAAUAGUAUUGGCCACGGUAUGAAAUAUUAUAGAAGCAUUCCGAAAUAUAAAAACUUUAUUGACAAUGUUCAAUGGUCGUUACAUUGUUGUGGGCUUAACUCGUACAAAGAUUGGUUCAAACACGAGUGGUAUGAUAAAAUUCGAGAUUACGAAUGGGAUCCUUUUACGAAUAGACAAACUGUAAGAAGUUUGAAGGAGGCCACUGACAGUGUUCCUUUGAGUUGCUGCAAAAGUGGUUCUUGUAUAUCUAACUUUCUAACCGAGUUGGGGACAUAUUCGAUAAAUACUGCUGGAUGCGGCCACAAAAUGUACCACAUCAUCAGGUGUUCGAUGUAUGCGCAUCUUUUCCUCUUCACCUUGGUGAUUUUAAUCGAGAUUCUCAUGCUUAAAUUUAUUGCGCGGAGAGACGAUAGUGAUAGUUGUAAGAAACUUAAAAAUAAUGUUCAACGUAUAAUGUCAGUCAAUAACAACUUUGAAGCAUCGAGCAGUUCGUAUCAAGUGAAUCCAGAGGAUAGCGAAGAUUUAGAAUUAUCAAGAGAAUAUGAAAAAGAUUAAACCAAUAUAUGUUUGCAAUUAAUAGAAAUAGUUAAAAUAAUUUUUCAUAUUUUUAUUUAAGGCAACUAAAAAUCAUUUUAUAUUAUACGGAUUGUAAAUCGAUUGAUGAUUUUAAUCCGUUCGAUUAAAAUUUCUCGUCUGCCAUUGGAUUGGCAACAUUUGAUUUGGUUUUUGACAGUGACAGAUAUCAGAAAAUAGUGUUUGAUUUGAGGUUGUUUUUGUGCAACUAGCACUUUAAAUUUAGCAAUUUUAUUGCUACAAUUAAGUAGUUCUUAUAAUCUUGAACAAA